AUGGCUGAUCAAGACCAACUUCGAAUUGAAGCACUCGAUGGCCAGAUUAAUCUAGCUAUUGCUCCGACAGAAUUCAAACGAAACAAACUUGUUGAUGAGGCUGCACGAAACUGGGAUAUAUUUUACAAGCGAAAUACUACCAAUUUUUUCAAGGAUCGUCAUUGGAUUGAGCGAGAAUUUCCAGAUUUGAAAGAAACUGAACAUGGAGAACCAAAUUCAAAGAAACUGCUAGAAAUCGGAUGCGGCGUUGGCAAUUUUGUCUUUCCGCUGCUGCAAUCAAACAAAGAGUUUUUUAUUUAUGCUUGCGAUUAUUCAAAACGUGCAGUAGAUUUUGUCAAGGCGUCACCCAACUAUGAUACAAGCCGCUGCAAAGGGUUUGUGUGUGAUCUGACAAAAGAUUCACUUGUAGAUGACGUUCCUGAAUCGUCCUUGGAUAUUGUAUCGGCCAUAUUUAUGCUGAGUGCUGUUCCACCUUGGAAAAUGCCUCAAGUCGUGGCAAACAUCAAGCAAGUGCUUAAACCUGGUGGUGUAAUAUUGUUUAGAGAUUAUGGACUUUAUGAUGCUGCUCAGCUGCGUUUCAAGGCAGAGAAUCGAAUUGAUGAUUGUUUUUAUGCUCGAUCUGAUGGUACUUUUUCAUACUAUUUCUCAAAAGAAUAUCUCAAAAAACUGUUCGAGGCAGAUGGAUUUCAAAUCCAAGAGUGUGAAUAUGUCAAAAAGGAAGUGGUGAAUCGAAAGGAAGCAAAGAAAAUGGAUCGCAUAUUUCUUCAAGCUCGAAUACAGAAAAUAUAAGUACAACGACAUACUCAAUGAUAUUAAAUUUAAACUA